CAUUCACCAGCUGUGAAAGGUAGUAGGCAAUCUUUUGACAGAUUUGCUGCCUUACUUUACUGUACCAGGUUCUGCAUCCAUUUGCAUGGAGAAGAGGAUAUUCACAUGUGGUCAAACCAUUGCAUGACUCAGCCAGUGGAAUCAAAGGCCCGUCUAUUACUGGAAGAUUGAAAACCAUCACCAACCUACACAAGCCUAAAGAAGUGAAUUGAAUAUUGAUGAGGAAGGCAAGAAUGGUAAUGGAUCAAAGUACAUCAGGAGAGGCAGAGAAACAUCCCCUUCUCCAUCGUCAUGCAACAGGUGGGGACUACAAGCAACAGAGUAUUCAAGAUUGGCUCAACAGUAAUUACACAUCUCUUGUAUAUGAAGACAGGCCUCCGAGCCCACAGGAAGAAGAGAUCAUGCAGAGGAUGAACAGCACAGAAGAUGACUUAAUGCUGGGAGUAGAAGCUAUGAUAUAUCCAAGUUCAAUUCAAAACAUGUCUUUCAAAGAGUUUGUGAGUGCCUUCCACUCUGAAAAACAUCCACCGACAAGAAUGAACAGUCUAGCUUCAAUGACCUCCUUGAACAUUGGACCCAAAAGUGUUUUUGAAUUUCUGAAUCGCUGGCACAGUGACCCUGAGGAACUUCUACUUGACCUUGGGUUUGGCAAAGAGGAGCCUGACAUCUCAACCAAAAUACCAGCUCGUUUCAUCAACAGCUGCUCUGUUGCAACUGGAAUAAACAUAGGAGUCUUUCUGGAAGCUCAGAAGUCACGAAUGGAGAUGGAAAUUCUUGAUAUAUGCAAAAUAACGACCCAAAAUGUUUCGUCUGAGCUCAACAAUGUGCAAAUGCAACCGGUGGACACAAAAACUGAACCUACAGCACUGCUGAGAAGCAUUUCACAGAGAAACCCUUCUAUAGACAUUCAGGAUUCUCAAAAACCUGAAGAAAACUGUGGAAAUAACGAGAAUACUUUGAGCACUUUAGGAAGGGAAAGAAAAUAUGCUUUCCUCUGUGCUCAUACAGUUACUCCUCAAGAUGACAGCAUCAUGUCACAAUGGAAAGUAGAACAGAAUGAAGAUCAGAGAAAGGCACCUGGUUUGUCUCUUGAUUUGAAAACAGCCCAAGAUUAUCCCCUGCCGGAAGCAUCUGCUAAAGACAAAGACUUUCAGUUUCAAAUGCUCCAUGCAAAGAAGCUGAAGCACAGCAUGUGUGACCAGUUACCAGAAUCCUUUGAAAUAGAAGAGGUGAAGAGUUUUGAUGAAGAUAGUUCUCCAGGAAUUGCUGCUAACAAAAAUUGUUCAGAUAUAAAGAGAGAAAAUAGUUGUCAGUCGGAGAGUAGUGGAUUUCUGGAGGAGCCAUUCAUUCCACCACAGAUUCCGAAUGCAUUCAAAAGUGUUGGCUGUGACAGGAUUAAUAGCCAAGACCCCUUCCAAGAAAAGAAACAAUGGCCCACCCUGAUCAAGGAUCUGGGACAAGCAACAUGUAACAUUACUGAGCAAACCUGGGCCCCUGUGUCUGAUGACUGUGAUCAAGCAAAGUUUUCAGAAGCAGCCACAGAAUUACAAGUUUCACAAGAAGAGAACAGCAUCAACAUGGAAACAAUUGAUGUCCUUCCUCACACCUUUGGGGAUCAGCUGGGGAUAGCGGUUCCAUGUGUUGAUAAAGUCACAGGGGAGAAAAGUGAAUUGAACGACAACCAAAACGAUCUUCCCAUGCAAGCUUUAAAAGAUGAUUUUACUGUUGAUGAAAGAUUCUGGGAAAAUAACCAAAUCCAUAAGGAAAAUAGUGAUGUACAUAAUCAAAAUAAUGACCCUGUAUGCAGUAAAGCAGUAAAUGUGAACUAUAGUAAAACUCAGCAAGAAUCCAGCCUUCAUGUACAACACCCUGCUGCUCUAAGCAAAGUAGUGACCACUCAAAGUCCUCAAGAGAAAUUGCAACAAAGGAGUGUCACAGAAGUUUGCUCUUUAGAACCAGUUCCACUUUUAUUUCAAUCUGAUGAAGACUCUUCCGAAAACUCUGAAAUUAAAGAAUGCAGCAAGAUGAGGGAAGCUUCAGUGCAGACUGAAGAUAACACUGAGGAGUUCACUAUUGAACCAAAUAAAUAUGACCAAGUUAGGAAUCCAUCUCUACUUGUGCCUGACUUUCAGACUGGCAGACAAUUUAGAAGAUCAGUUUCAGUGGACACUGGACUACAUAUUAUUGAGCAGAAUGCACAGAAGCUAACUGCCAUCACUCCAACUCAUUGCUGCCGCCAAUGUUACUGUUACCAACAUCAUUGUUCAGCAGCAUGGUUGAAAGGUGACAACGUGAAAUGCCCGCCAAAGACUUCAAUCUCACCCUCAGAGGCACAGCUGAUCAAGACCUUACAGCAGUUACAAGAAACUACAAAGGUGAUCUCUGGAUCUCCGGCCAUACAGGAAAUUGAUAGCAUGAAGCAAUGUCUGCAGAGUUUUCAGAAUACAUUGGUGGACAUAGAACAAGACAUCAUUGAAGACCAGGGUUCAGUCGACAUUGCUUUAACUGAAGAAGAAAGAGAGGAUGUGAGAUGGCUACAGAAGUUACACCAGGCAGUGCGUGAAGAGGUCAAAGAAUUAGAGGUUCUUCUUGAGGAUCGGGCUCGACAAUUUAGAGAAGCAAUGAAAACACGGUUGCUAAGCUUAUUGGAUGAACAGUCUUCAGUCAACCCAUACCAGGAAGUGCUGAAGCAAACGGGGGAUGUGGUAUCAGAUAGCCAGCUUUGUCCUUCAUCCGUCUGUACGACAUCAGCGCCAGCAGCCGUCACCAACUUCGAUCAGCUGGAAUCAAAUCCAGGCACAAGUCUCUCAAUGUAUUCCAUGUUACGACAUAGUCUGGUCAGUUCAGCAGCUACUUCAACUUCAAAUCAAACUGAUCCUGAAGCCCGUUCAGAAGCUGUCAAAGAUACAGAAUUAAUCAAAAAUAAACACCAUCAAAAAGAAACUCUGGAAUUCAGAACCAUUCUACGACAGAUUAAACAAUCAUUUCAACAGUUCAGAUUGGUGCGUGACCAUGACUGAAAAUGCUAACUAAAGAUGUUUCACAGAUGAUUCAAACACAAAAUCUUGAAAAUUUCUAUUAAAUGAAGCAACUCAUUAAAGCAAUGCAACAGGAAUCUGAAGAGAACAUUGCACAGGAAAAAAGAAUCUUUUUUACUGAGACUGCACUUUUCUCAUAUUUUCUCAUGUUUUGUGAGCUACUUUGAACCCAAUUUCUGAAUCAAGCUCUUCCACCAAUCGCAAUUCUGCAUUGCUUUAUUAAAACAUGUAAACUGAUGAAAUAUUUUAAAAAUGCCAACUUUAAUCAUUUAUUAUGGCAAGCUUCACGUGGAAUUUACUGCAGUUUGCUCCCAUUUGUUGGAGUUGUACUCUGCUGCUAUUGUUGCUGUUACUCAGAAUUAAACACUGUA